UGAACUUUGGCAGUAUUAUGAAAGACAAUCGAAAUUCACUUAAAUCGUUUUUUACAAUAUUUUCAAAAAUUGUUAAACACAAUUCUAAAACUAUUUUGUUUUUAUUCUGCAGCUCAAUGACUUGACGUGCGGUUCUGUUAACAUCAUUACUCCAUCUCUACCUGUACCUGUGACAUCACAAUACCAAUCACUAUGGCAACAACAAAUGAACAGUUUUUCGCCAAAAUUAAACAACUUUUAGAGGAUGGAAACGGCAUAGAUCUGAAGAAAGAACUCUUCGACGAAACAAAUGCUAAAUUUGUCACUUCAGUAACAUGGGAUCUCAUACCAGAACUAUGUCAGAAGUUGAAUGACGCUGCUGAAAACCAAGAAAUCUUCGAAAUCUAUGAAGAUGCGAUCAUUCGUUGCGCCAAUGUGUGUAAUCCAAAGGAGAUGUUAUUAGCGCUUCUCGAGCAAGCAGAUAUGUUAACCUUCACAAAGAAUUUCAAAGCGUUAUUAUACCCGAUACAAAUCACACUUUUGAGGCUGCCUGCCAAACGUCAACAUUCUUUGGACAUCACCCUUGAGACCAUAUAUGGUCAUAUAAAACAAUUGGACAUUCCAGAAGAUUAUGUCCUCGAAGGAGAUGAAAAGGCAUUGAAUAUUUUAGACCCAAAUGUAAUAAUGAUCUGUGAGAUCCUUGAUGAAGUGUUGAACUUUCUGAAACCGUUCGUUGAGGAAAUCUCUGAAAUGACGUCGAAAGAAAGACUUGAAAAUGAGGCCAAAGUGAUUCACACCUGCAACUCUCUAACUCUGUUCCUAUUCAAAAUACUGGCGCACCCAAUUGUGUUUCUAGAUUUGACAGAUUCUGAAGUUAAAUCUCAGGCUCGGGAUUGCGUCAAUGAAAUAAUGCGUAUCCUAACCACAAUUCAAGGUGACUUCCACAAACUAGUACGUAAAUUCGAGGAUCAUAAUACACAAGUCAGCGUACGGAGACACGAAAUUGAAACAGCACGAAAGGAUAAACCAUUUCCUAAUAUGGAAGAUUGCGAUGAAAUGGAUGAUGAACUAUUAGACCUCGAGGAGCAAGUUCCUUCUAUUGGGCUAGCAUGUUUUCAAUAUAUCGUACAUGGACAAUGUUUGCAUUAUACAAACAUGCCAUCUAUAUUCCGCCCAGAGUUCUUAUUUGAAUUUAACUUGAAGUAUGUCUCAGAAUUGCUAAAGCGUAAAGAAACCACGAUCAUUGCCAAGGCUGUUGCUCUCGUUAAACACCUAUUGUUACGAAUUGAUGAUACAUCUCUUUCUGGAUUAAUCCAAAAGGAAAGUUUCCGAGGAUUUUUCGCUGAUUUAUCUACUAUAAUUAUCCACUGCCCAAGCAAGGAGAUAAGGCAAAAAGCAGUAUCACUGUUGCCAUUAUUUCUCCAGAAACUUAACUGGCAAGGUCGUUAUCAGUUCAUCCUCUACUCGCUGAAGAAAACGUCACACGUAGGACUUCUCGGAUACAUGACUACUUUACUAAAGGAUCAAAUAAAUGCCUCGUUGAAACUUCCAGUACAAAGUGAGUUUUUCUGUGGCCCCAAACUCGCAGUGAUUUUGAAGUUUGUGUUUGAGCUAAAGGAGGGAGUACCCACAGAUCUCCUUGAUCAGAGUGAUAGAAUCAUGGGAGCUUUGAACCUCCUUCGAUAUUUAAUCAUCCGAGAUCCCAAAACAAAAAACACCACAGGAGUCUGGGAUAUGGUGCCGCACAUCCAAGAUACUUUUUCUAAGACACUUCGAAGUGCCUUAGAAAUAUCAAGGGCACAUUUUAAGCUCGAAGAAGAUCGUGCAAAAAAUGGAGAAUUAUUGCAGGAUUGGCAAGCCAUAGCUGAGAAGGGAACAGUCACCGUUGGGGACAAUCCUUUAAUGUUACCCAAUAUGUCUCCACAGGAGCAAUUACGUGUAAUUAAGAGUGCUAUUUUCACAAUUGAUUUAAUGGAGAGCAUCUUAUGCAGGGUGAAUGAAGUUAUUGACCAAAAACCAAUCAUUCAAACAUAAUUUUCCUUAAAUGUUACCCAAUAUGUCUCCACAGGAGCAACUACGUGUAAUUAAGAGUGCUAUUUUCACUAUUGAUUUAAUGGAAAGCAUCUUAUGUAGGCUAAAUGAAGUGAUUGACCAAGAACCAAUCAUCUAAACAUAAAGUUUGACUUUGAAAA